AUGGACCAAUCAAUGGCUCAGUUGCUGUUGGCUGUGCUGUCAAAUAACACCUGGGCAGCGCAUCAAUCAAAGGCUCCAGUUGAGCCUUCAAUUUGGCUGAGUAUCCGUUCUCAGUAUGGAGCGUCAUCGUGGCAUUCCACACAACAGACGGAAAGACAGGGCCACUUCGAUCCUCCAGGCCCCUGCGUGACACCAGAUCGCUGCCACAAAACCCCAAUUGAGCCUCUACUCCGGAAACGCCUCGUGGACCGAGCUCUUCGUCUGCCUCCUUCUCGUGCGCGAACCCGCCGUCGCACCCGCAGCCGUAGCCAGCUCGCGCCUCGCCCUUCAGCAGGUCAUCGCUACAUGUUGCUUGCGGAAACACGUCCCCACUCGACGACGCCUCUUUCGUUGCUUCCAUAUCUAGCGGCUCGCCACGCAGCCACAUCAAGUAUUGGACCUUCCUCCAUCUGCCAUACGACGGCAUUCUAUCCGCGAAGAGCUUUGGCCAAUGCUUCCGCUUUCGAUAGCUUUUUGUUUCGAAUAGCGGGGGUCCUGGCCGAACACGUCCGCUCUCGGGGAAAGCAUUCUCUCGUCUUGCCCCAGGGUCGCAUUCUGCUAGACUUUUUCCCCAACAAUAAUUCAGAUCAGCAUUACAGGCUCCAGCAGUCAGCAGUACAGUCAUCUUUCUCUCAUGGCAAGCUUGAAAAAGCAUCUCAAUUCAAGUGCUGGGGGACCUGCAGCAUCGACGGAAGAGUCCCGCAGAAACGAAUGCUCCAGUGGGCUGGGAUCCUUCUUCAUGAUCCCGGGCCUCCUGGCGUGGCUCUUGCAAGGAUGAGAGGAGCAGCUCGUUUUAUCAACGCACGUUUCCUGAGCCGCACCUGCUUUGCCCAAUACGUUCGAGAAAAUGGACUCAGAUGCGCUGCAAGAAGACUGCCGUCCGCGCCAGAGCCGCAGUCCAACGGAAGCUACACCAAGAUCGAGUACUUCGCCGCCGGAAAUUUUAAGCAACGGCCAAGGCUUUACCAGAGCCAGCACAACUGGGCAAGUCCUUCAACAAAGAUAUCAGCCCAUAUUACUCUUGACAUCGCCCGAGAUGGUGCGGUCUCGACGUCUCAAGAAGCCCUGUUGACGAGAGCGCCUUUCACCACGUCACCGCCAGACCACCCCUCAGACGGUUAUAUCACGGAUGGUGGAACUAAUUUUCAGAUCCGUCUAAUGGCAAGCCGCGAUCCGAAGGAGUGGUAUGAUGGACGACAGAAAACCGCCAGAUGGGUUAGUCGCACAGGACAGGCCCCCGGAGGCAAGCAACAGGUACAACCAGACUCCACGAGAGGCAGAACAUCCUGCACCAAACGUUUUGUUUCUCCCAAUUGGGUUCAAGGUUUCUGCACAGGCGUCUGGCAUGGCAUUGCAUCAGCCAUAAUGGGACUCGAUUGGAUAUUACAGACACCGCUCUCGGUAGAGACGUUGCAUGUUAUGAAAGAGUUUUUUUUCCUCAUGUCUGGUCUCGGGACUGGCCCUGCCAAAGGCGAUUAUGGUUCAUGCAGGAUCAAAGCAACAUCGAUGGUGCCCAUCGCUCUCACCCUCGUUCCUGACCUUCAAGCUGGCAUUUAUUUUCCGAUAAGAAGGUUCUUUGAUGAUGGCGGCUGCGACAGGAGAGAUGAGACGAUAUGGCCUGCAACACGCUGUAUCACAGUUGCAAAGUUUCCUGCUUCUUUUCCAACACCCAUACUCAACGACAUGUACAGCAAGGGACAAAAAGAGGCACAGUCGCGAUGCAGUUGGAGACGGUGGGCAUGCGAGGCCGUCGCUCGGUCGCGGCAGCUGGUGCAAACCACGGCGGCCGGCAGCAUGAAAAUAACCAUGGCAUUGCUCGCCAAACUGACCCAGCCUGCUGUGGAUAACAUCUGUGGGCGAGUUCCUCAGCCUCGACCAAAGUCCGAAGACUUACUGUUUGACUUUGUCUGGGUAAGGUCCAUCGCAGCCUACUACCUCAGCACGGUCUGUGGGGCAGGCUGA